GUCGAGUGACGGGCACAUCACAAGAAAGCGAAGAGCAAUGCCGGCGAACGCGAGGACAGGAGCAAACCAAACGCCAUGGGGGCCGCCAUCUUUAAAAAGGAAUCAACAGAAGAGACAUAAAAAGUAGUUAGUUCCCCCAUACCUCGUGAGAGGGCGCUUUCAAGGGUUCGCAAAAAAAUAUUUAAAGGGCUUUCGCUUUUUUAAAGUUAUUUUGUAGAAAACGUAAUUUAAAUUGCUCGCUUAAAAAGUAUAGCUUUUGGUUGUUUUCUGUAUUAGAAGACUAUCUCUUCCUUUCCAAACACCUUCUUUGCCGUCUCUCUCACCGGCGCUUCGGACUUUAUCUGCUUCGUCUGUUUCCUGCCUGCGAUGGACUGGGAGGCGACCGCGAAUACAUCUGCGGCGGCUUCCGCAUGCAAACGUGGCCGCCCACGCAAAUACGCCACAGCCGAGGAAGCAAGGGAGCGGAUCAAUGCGGCCAGGCGAGCGAAGAGGCGGGCAGCGAAAGCGACCAAAGCCCUAUCUCCGGAGUCUCGGCGUGCCCGUCACGCGAGUUUACGACGCGCGAGACGCAACGCGGACGCCGAGCUGAGAAAACGAGAGGCCGAGGCUAUGCGUCGGAAGCGUCAACAGGAUCAAGAAUUUCGAAAACGAGAGGCCGAGUAUAAGCGUCGGAAGCGUCAAGAGAAUCAAGAAUUUAGACAACGAGAGGCCGAGGACAAACGACGCAAGCGUCAACAGGAUCGAGAACUUGCAAAGCGCGAGGCCGCGAAAACAUUCCACCCGCGGAACUGUGAUGCUUUCGCAUUCCUACACGUAAGCACUCUAUAACAUCCCGGUCGUUUCCUAGUUAACCAAGUUAACCGGCUUGUUAUACACGAACCAAAGAAAAAAAAAAUCUAAUCUAACGAGCUGACGAAACCCGGUUGAAAACAGGGCGGGAGCCAGAUGCAUAGCGAGAGUGCGACCAAACGUCAGUCCCCCCCGCACACACGCUGGAUAAGACAUUUCCACUGGUUCCACUGCCAACUACGACCGAAAACACAUGAAUCCGUCAACACACCACCAUCACAAACAAAACCACGACAGAGCUUCUACCACAUUACCACUGCGACCGUCGAAAGCGGACGGGUGGACGUCGAAAUAAUGGAGCCACAAUUUUAGAUGCGGAGCAUCUCUUGCUCGGGUCUAUGCGGCGUCGUAGUCCGCACUCACACUACGCAUGCGCAACUCUCCUUCCCUCUCUCCAACAGCUGCGCGUGUUGGCUGCUGGUUCAGUUCACCCGCUGUUGACUUCACUUCAUUCCGUUCUUCCGAUGAAGUGUGAUGGAAGCAACAGUCCCGUCAGUUGGUGGGUUGGCACAAGCAAACGUCAGCACCACAUUACAAACUAACAGCAACGCUACGUCCACUGAAGACAAAGCUGCGCAGCGAAGGGCACGCGACGCUGAGCGCAAACGCUUGAAGCGAGCGACAGACCCUGAACUACGGCAACGAGAAGCGGCGUCCAUUCGUCAACGUCGGGCGGCGGAUGCGGAACUACGACAACGUGAAGCAGCGGCGGUUCGAGAACGUCGAGCAGCAGAACCUGAGGUUCGGGACCGUGAAGCUCAACGUAAACGUACGAAGCGAGCGGCGGAACCCGACCUUCGAGAACGGGAAGCGGCGUGUAAACGUCAACAACGAGAGGCUGCUCCCGAUGUUGCACGCGAGCGCGAGCGCGCAGCAAAAGCGGCGUCGCGAGCCAAGCAGCACGCGCAGCCCGACGCUCGCUUCAAACGUGACUUCCUGGACCGGAGCUUCGGACACAGUUGCAAGGGAGACACUGCCCCAGAUCAGCUCCAGAUAGCCCCGGGGAGGAUUAGCAAGAAAAGGAAGAAGAAUGCCAAUGAUGUGCAGGAUGACUCUGAAGUCCAAGAAAGCGAAACCAUACUGCCCGACGAUGGACCGGGCUGGGGUGGAUCCAGUGAUGACAGUGCGACGCCAGCCAGCACUAUCAAGACAGAACCACCAGAUUACGUUGAACAGGACGAAGAGCCUGACACCCACCUUGCAUCCGUGAAGUCGGAGUCGGAACGCUACGAGGAAGACUGGAAGCCUAACAGCCGAGUGCCUGCUCUUACGAAAGAUUACACGGACAUGACGCAGGUCACGUUCCACUUGAAUGCAGAGCCGCAGGUUUCCGAAGCGACCCAACGACACGAUGGCGCGGCGGUGGCUGUUAAGAUUGAGCCGCAAGACACAACGGAAGUUUGUACCGAGGAGGUUCCCGUGGGGACAGACGUGCGGGACGGCUUUGCCACCCAGCAGUGGGGAAAUGUUCCGGCGAACACUGGACUAGGGUUGGACGGUUCCAGCAGCAAUAGUGCAAUGGCAUCUGUUACUAUCAAGACGGAGCCACCAGAAUAUGUUGAACAGGACGAAAAGUCUAGCAGCCAUCUUGUAUCUGUUACAUCAGAGCCAGAAUGUUACGAUGAGGUUUGGAAAACUAGGGACCCAGUGCCAGCUCUUACGAAAGGCGAAACACCAGAUUACAUUGACGUGACAAAGGUUACGUUCCACACGAAUCCAGAGCCACAGGUUUCUGAAGGGACCCAACAGCUUGGCAACGCAGCUGUGGCCGUCAAGAUUGAGCCUCAGGAGCCGACGGAAGUCGACAAUCAGGCACUCCCCGCAGAGACAGGCCUGGGUGCGGCAGCCCCGAAGGAGUUCCAGCAAGAUCUAGUCCCCGUGAAUCCCAUGGGCUCGUACGCUGUCAUGGCGCAGCCACAGCAGUGGGUCUUCCCCACCGUUUCCGACAAAGCGCAGCCGCAGGCCAACAUCAUCUACUUCCACAAGGUGGAACAGCACGGCAUCGCGAUGCAGCCCGUGGUGACAACUCUGCCGGUCGUGGCAGUACAGUCUGUCGUGGCGGCGGAGUCCGAACAGGCGGUCGUCGUGGCAGUGCAGCCGCAACAGCCGGUCGUUGCGCCGGCGUGGCUUCCUCGUUCCGACAUGGGGGGUGAGUCUGGUGCCCAACAGGGUCUAUCCGUUCUGCUGAAUGCUGGUCCAGGUCCAGGUGCAGAAUCUUUACGGGACGUCGAGCAACAUCGGGUUCACGUGGAUCCGACUCUCCCGGUGCAGCCACCUUUUCACGCACCCUCUGCCGUCGACGAAGGUGUACAGUUCCAGGAAGACCUAGUCCAAUUCCAAGAGUUCAAGCGGUCAUAGCAGAGAGCUGUUGCGACUUAGUUGUUUUGACAGUUUUCACGACAAAGUUGUGGUACUGUUGCGGCACGGCGUUUGGCGGCGUCGUGGCACACUGAACCGGAACAAGUCGUCGUCGUGCCGGCACGGCCCGCUGGUUCGGGUGAGGAACUCCCUUGGUUAGCUUUUGGAGGGGACGGUACGGUGCUUGGAACGCAACUCCGACUGUUGUACGCGUCCUCAAAUGUGGUCCCUCGAUUUUCGCCGGACUACGUCGUAGAAGUGUGACGCUGUCUCCUGCCGCGAUCCUAGCGGUGGUGCAGUGGUGGAGUGGGGCGUGGGAGACUCCUGUUUUGCCGCUGCUAGCUCUCGAGUUUGAUGUUCCACAGUAGCCUUGGCAGCCGGGGAGUUGGAAUGCCGCCAGAACAGCGACAUUUGCGGUCUCUUGCGCUUUUUUUCCCAAAAUUUCUAGGCCCGAUUGUUGGGAAUGCAACACUCCGGCUUUUGCGACGUCGUUCGUUGUCACUUCGAGACCACUUUUAGACGCGCGGGCUGAAUGGGACGCUGGGCACAUAGUUCGGAGACGCGUUCCAGGUGUCAUACCUUAGCAAAGCGACUUUUUUUGUCUGCAAUUGCUGUCAGAGCUUGAUCUGUAAACCGCAACGAUUCACUUUCUGCAUGCUCUGCAGGAAAGUGGGCAUGCACACUUUAUUGGGCACGGUUACGAAGGCUUAGUUGCGUAAUGGCGGACCCUUUUUCGAGCAAAUAUGUACGGUACGCUAUACUGUGAGGGCGUGAGAUGUCUGUUCUACUAGAUUUCAAGGCGAAGAAGCAGCGGUGGUCAGGGCAGCCGGCAAGCAACGUUACUAGAUCAAAAUCUGUUGACAAGCUUUCGUAGCGUGCCUGCUCGGUGGCGCUGGCUACACUAUCUAGAAGCGGCAGAACGUUGGAUGCACAUGGCGUGCGGUGAAAAGUAAUUCUAUUAUGGAUUUCAUAGUAAACAAAGCGGAAAAAGAGUGUCGUUAGAAAACUAUCUUUCUUUGUUACCCGUGGAAGCGGUGCCGCCAGUGGCACUAGGAAUUCGAUUGGGCCAUGCUUGCGUGCAGGCAACAGAAGAACCACUCUCGAAUAUCUCUCUUCGUGGAGCUUGUCAACUGACACCGUAUUCACUCUCAUAAUGAACACUUUCUUUCCCGAAAAAUCGACAUAUACUUGGGGGGUGCGUUUAUUACGAGGGGUAAAAUCUUUGCAUUUACACACUUUGCGCAAAUGUCAUUUUAAGUGCCAAUAUGACAUGGCAGAGUACUGUGACACAUAUCCACUGACGGAGGCGUGCCCAAGCUGGUCGUGGGCGCGCCACAGUAACCAUGCUCUAUAAAUUGCGAACCUUUUUUAUGGUGCUUUUGGCGUGCCUUUUGCCGAAGAAAAAGCGCCCUACGAAGCUUACUCGGCACAGAGAGCAACGCGACCAUUCUUAGGCCUAACCAGUUUCAUGAUAUCACUGUUCAAAAGCGGAUCACAGACGGCGGCGUGUUUGUUGACAUCGUUGCAUCCGAUGGGCGAAGCAAGUCCGGGACCGGGAAAUUCCUCAACCCCAACUUCUCUAGGUGUGCGUGCCUCUCGGUUUCACGUUUGAUCACUUCUGCAACCACGCAAUUGCUGUCAUUACGAG